CUUUAACUGUAAAUUGAAGCUUCAAAAAAGAAGAAUAAUCAUAUGUAGAUGUAUUGGCGGAUUGUUUCCAGAUUCAAGACAGAUUAACAUGGAGUCCGAGGGGAAACAACAGGGUGAAUACCAGUGUUCAGUAUGUGACGCAGAAUUCUACUAUAUGUCACACCUAUUACGUCACACUCGCCGUCACACUGGUGAACAACCAUUUGGAUGCAUGACAUGUGGCAGGCGCUUCUCCCAGGUGGCCAGUCUAAGACGUCACUGGAAAGUCCAUACUGGGGAGCGUCCUCACCAAUGCCCAUAUUGCCUCAAAACAUUCUCUGAACUCUCAAAUAUGAAACGUCAUCAAAAACUACACAAAGAGUACCCAGUAGAAGGCAGUCUUUCUGAAACUGAGGGGGUAAGGCUGUACCAGAAUGGACCAGUUAAUUUAAACUCUACCCCCUGGGUAAAACGUACAAAAUACAGACGGUUCCAGUACACUAUGCUCCCUGUGGGUAAAAGAUUUUAUCCUGACAUUAUGGCUCAACAUCACAGCUAUAUAACAUACAGAACUCCUAACCAUGAACCAAAUCAACCCAACAUGAACCUUUACCCAGGCUGGGAAAGACCAAAAUGGGCAGAAAGGAUUCCUCGAUUACAAAUGCCAACUGACAGCCAACUUAUUAGUAAACAUUGGAACAUCUCAGACAUUCAUAGGUUUAAUCAAGGUGAUAUAAGCAUGUUAGAAAAUAGACAAUCUCAUGAGACUACAUGGUGCUCAAAAUUAUCAUAUUGUCAAUGUUUUACGUGCAAAAUCAAGCGAAAGAUGAUACAUGAUAAUACCCUUGAAGGAGGUCCAUCUAAAAUUGUCCCAUAUGUUGCAAAACAUACAGUCCCAAGGCCGUUAUCCAUUUACAAUGGUCCUGUUCAGGGGAAUAUACAAUUCAAUAAAAUUAUAACCUCAAAUAAAUCAUUGAUAUAUAAUGAGCAAACUGAACCGCUUGACCUCUCUAUGAAAUGUACAGCA